ACCGCAGUCUCUCUCACAGUGCACUCCUCCCUUAAACAGCCUCUGGAUUGGGAUCAGUCACAUAUGGAUCUAGGGCUUGAGCGCAUCACUCCUUUCCUUCUCCUCUGUCAGCAAAUCGAGCAGAUCGUCGCCUGUUAGCUGCAGAUUUCGAGAGCAGAAGAUAAGUGAGCGCGCCAAAGUGACGCAUUUCAGAGAGCAAGUGGGCGGCGCGCACGUGAGAUCCCUGCUCCGCUUCCAGGGUCGAGGCAGGACGGGAAAACCGCAAACACCGAGUCUGCCGUCCACGUCUAGCGGGGAUGGCGUCGCUGAGUUUGGGGCUUAAUCUGGCCCGCAAGCGUGGAUCUUCAAGGAGCGGCGCUGUGGAGCGGAGGAAUCUGCUCACCGUUUGCAGAUUCUCAGUGAAGACCUUGCUCGACCGCUCCUGCUAUGAGACCAUAGACGACUCCUCUCCUGAGUUCAUCAACUUUGUCUCCAUCCUGGAACACAUUCUCAGUAACAGACUUAAAGGUCAGACCACCUGGUUUGGUUAUGAGAGUCCUCGGAGCUUCUGGGACUUCGUGAGAGUGGCCUGCAGCAGGGUCCCUCACAGCUGCAUCAACAGCAUCCAGAGUAUGGAGAACAUCACCUCCUCCAGAGCCAAGGGCAGGGCGUGGAUCAGGGUGGUUCUGAUGGAGAAACGACUUUCUGAAUACAUCUCAUCAGCUCUGAGGGACUUUAAAACUACUAGGAGGUUCUAUGAGGAUGGGGCGAUCAUGCUUGGAGAGGAGGCUAGUCUGUUGGCAGACACUCUGAUAGGACUCAACACCAUUGAUUUCAGCUUCUGUCUGAAGGGGGAGGGGCUGGAUGGCACCUGUCCUGCUGUUAUCGACUACACCCCCUACCUGAAGUUCACACAGAGCUCAGACAGCAUCAGCAGUGACGAGGAGGAGAUGAGGACCCUGGGAAGCAGUGCCAGCGAGAGCAGCACGCCAGACAACAUGGUUGCCACGGCGGCGGCCAUCUUUACUGAGCAGAGCAGCUGGGUCAGCAAGUGUAAACGACUGGAACAGAAAUACAGCACUGUGCUGGAGCAGAAGGGCUACCUGCAGGAGCUGGUGUGCCUAAGAGAGUCCCAGCUGUCGGAGGCCGUGUCCCAGAACAAGGAGCUGCAGCACAGGCUGCUGGACACACACCUUGCCCACACCCUGGAGAAGGAGCAGCUGGAGUACAUCGUGCUAGAACUGCAGGACCAGCUGACCGUUCUGAAGAACCAUGACCUGCGGUCAAGACAGGAGCUGACUGCCCACCUGACCAAUCAGUGGCCCUCCCCUGGUGCCAUAGAAACCAACGCUGUUGCCUUGGGAACACUGUUGUACUGCAAGAGGGCAGGACAGUGGGAAGAGAGGAGUGUCCACACCCUGGAGCAGUCAGCUGAUAUGAGCUCAUCCCAAACCUCCCUGGAACCAUCACACUCCGUCAGCCUGGACACCAAACCAGCCACCAACUGGCCCCACCGUGGUAAGGAGGAGAGCCCCUCUCUCAGAGGCCUGUGUGGUUCCCUCACCUCAGUGACCAGUUACAAGUCUCUGGCCAGCCUCAAGUCCAGCGAGUGUCUAGCCAGUUCCGUCACAGACAUGACCAGCCCUGCCCCCACCCCCCCCCUACUGAAACAGCCUCCUCUCAUCUGGCCUGUGGCCGGUGGGGCGUCCCUGUUCUGUUCAGAGGAGCAGACCACACGGAGGAGCUGGACCCGAUGA